AUGAUGAACAAAUUAAACAACACCUUAGAAUAUGUACAUUCAGACAACGUUUACAUACAAAAUUACCCAAAAUGUGAAAUGUUGAAUGAGAACAAACUCAAGGACGAAAAAGAAGAAAAAAGUGAAAUUUUCACUAAAAAGUCAAUGGAAGAUAGCAACACAAUCAAUACAAAAAUCAUUUCCUGUGCCAAAUUCAUCAUUGGACUAAAUAACAUAAACCGCUUCAACAACCAUUUCAUAUCAGAUUUGAGGAAACUAAGAAAUAACUUAAUUUCCUGCGGUAAAACUAAAAACACCAGGAAUCUGAUGAAAGAAUGUGUAAUUAAAGAAUAUAAAAAGUUCUUCGAAUUAUACGGCACACACUAUAUCAUAAAAAUAGUUUUAGGUGGCAAAAUCGUCAUUGAUGAGAACGUUAGCAGUGAUUCUAGUUCAGAAUCCAAAAAUUUAGACUUAAACUUGGGAGUAAUUAGAUACCUUGACAAAGGCUCCGGCUCCAACAACUCAAACUUGAAUAACAAUAAUAUAAGCAUUUUCGGAGGCACAGUUUGGGACGGUAACUGGUACAAUGAGCUUAAAACCGACCCUGUUCCCCUGAAAUUCACCCUGGCCACUUAUAAUGAGAUAUUUAAAAAGUACAACAUUAGCUACAAACAUUACAUUAACACUCUCAAAAAGCACCUUUAA